UGCACGCAAAUGUAACAGCUUAACUCGCUGUUCGGGAGUGUGUUUAGCGGCAAGGUCGCGAGGGUGUUACGGUGAGAAAUAAUUUGAAUAUAAAGCUGCGGAGCAGAACCGACCUUGCAGGGAUUCCCAUACUUCUGGUUCUUCCUGUUGUUUGCUCAGCUCACUCUUUGGGACAGGCAGACAGCCUCGAAGGAAUUCUGGGUUCAUUCAAUGGCACAAUAUGCUUCUGGUGCUGCUGAUUCACAUCACGGGCGCCCUGCUCUCUUGAAAGAUCAAGUUUGCUUGGUUAAAAGGAAAGACUCUGAUCGCUAUGAGAUAUCUCCAAUCCACAAUGAACUAUCAUUUGAGAAGGGAUUUUUUGUUGUGAUCCGUGCAUGCCAAAUGUUGUCUCAAAAUAAUGAUGGAAUAAUUUUGGUAGGGUUGGCUGGUCCUUCGGGGGCUGGUAAGACUGUAUUCACUGACAAAAUAGUCAACUUCAUGCCCAGCAUUGCAGUCAUUUCGAUGGAUAAUUACAAUGAUUCAAGUCGAGUUGUUGAUGGAAAUUUUGAUGAUCCACGACUGACAGACUAUGACACAUUACUUCAGAAUGUAGAAGAUUUAAAGGCAGGAAAGCCAGCCCAGGUUCCAAUCUAUGAUUUCAAGUCCAGCUCACGUUUAGGAUACAGGACAGUUGAAGUCCCAAGCUCCCGAAUUGUGAUCAUUGAGGGUAUCUAUGCUUUGAGUGAUAGGUUGCGACCUCUACUGGACCUUCGUAUAUCUGUUACUGGUGGAGUUCAUUUUGACCUAGUCAAACGAGUUAUACGUGACAUUCAACGUGCGGGUCAACAACCUGGAGAAAUUAUUCAUCAAAUAUCUGAGACGGUAUAUCCAAUGUACAAGCUCUUUAUAGAGCAAGAUCUUCAGACAGCACAUAUCAAAAUAAUCAACAAGUUCAAUCCAUUUACUGGGUUCCAGAGUCCUACUUACAUAUUAAAAUCAGCAAGGAAUGUGACAGUUGAUCAAAUUAAAGCUGUUUUAUCUGAAGCUUUUGUGGAAACAAAUGAGCAGAUUUAUGACAUAUAUCUUCUGCCACCGGGUGAAGAUCCUGAAACUUGCCAAUCUUAUUUACGGAUGCGGAAUAAGGAGGGGAAAUACUGUCUAAUGUUUGAGGAAUGGGUGACAGAUAAUCCAUUUGUCAUUUCACCAAGAAUAUCUUUUGAGGUUAGUGUGCGGCUCCUUGGAGGUCUGAUGGCCCUGGGAUACACAAUAGCUACCAUUCUAAAAAGAAACAGCCAUGUAUUCUCUGAUGAUAAGGUGUCGGUGAAACUUGAUUGGCUUGAGCAGCUUAAUCGACAAUAUGUUCAGGUGCAAGGAAAAGAUCGAUCGACUGUAAGAUGCAUAGCCCAACAUCUCAGCAUGGAAGGUUCCUAUAUUGCUCGUACGUACAUUGAGCAAUUUCAACUGGAAAAGAUUGUAGAUGAGGUUAUGGCCCUUCCAGAUGAUUUAAAAGCAAAGCUCGGCCUAGGUGAGGAUAUGGUGUCUAGCCCAAAAGAAGCACUUUCUAAAGCCUUUGCAGAUAGGGUUCCCGUGAGAAAAACGCAUAUGAGUGGUAUGUCCCAGUCAUAUACAAGCCAGAGGGACAAAAAUCUGCUCAAGCAUUUGCGAUAUGGUGUCAGCAACCGAGCAUUUGGUGAAAGAAAUCCAGAUUCCUUCAUAGCUCUAACAAAUGAGCUUACAGAACAAAUUUCUUCGCUCAAUGAUAGAAUUGAUGAGUUUACAAGUCGUCUUGAAGAGUUUAAUUCCAAGUUAAGCAUCAAUCAAAAUUCUCCAAGCCAACAAACCGCAGCACUUCAAGCUGAAGCUUGCAAUGGCUCUGCUCCCACCUCUCACUUCAUCACUAGUUUGGGAAGUGGUUCUAUAACUGGAUCUAUUAUGAAGUCCUCAUCUUCAUUGCAAUUGGCUAAGGAGUCACCUUUAACAGAUGAGAUAUUGUGUAUUGCAAAAGGGCAGCGCCAGAUCUUGCAGAAAAUAGACAAUCUCGAUAGCCUUCUCCAUGGGAACAUGGGAGACAAAUCUCGUCAACCAAGAACUAACAGGACAAGCAUGGCUUCUGCUUUAGAUCCCACUUCAGUUCGUGCCCUUGUUGCUAUCACUUUUGGUUGUGUUGGGUUAUUCUUGGUGAAGGGGUUGGUGACUAGAACUUAGAUUCCUCGACGGGGUUCUUAGUACUGUUGCUAAUACUUGUAGUACUAUUACCGAGAUAUACUCCCUCUGGUUUUUUUUUAAAGGUCACUUUCAACAUUUUUACUAGAACUAAUGAGAGGCUUAAAACCCAUUUCAACUCUAUCUGAAAAUAAAGUUUCUAACUUUACGCUUGUCAAAUCCAAUCUUCAACGAAGAACCAAGUUUGGAGAAUAUAAAUCAACACUAAAUAAAUAUUCCAUAUAUAGUGCCUUCUAAAAAGGACUAGAGGGAGUAUAUAUAAUAUACUUGGUUUGCUGGCAACAGCUUUUGCUUAGUUAGAAAGGUGAGGUUGAAGCAUUGAUAGUAAACUGAAGAGAUGAGUGAUAGAGUUUGAGGUGAUGGUGAGGGUGCUUAUGCUCACUGGAAAUUUUGUUGAUUCAAUGGGCUUGCUUUUAAAUUUUAGUUUAUGACAUUGCCAAUGCCCAAUUCAAAAUAAAAUAGGACACUUUUUCAAGUGACA